UCCUGUUCAUCGCGGAGACUUUCUGAUCUUCCUUCUUUCUAGAUUGUGAGAGAGAGUGUGAGAGGGUAGAGAUGGCGUCUGUGAUUCUGUCGGACUCCCUCGUUAGGGCUCGUUUUUGUGUUCCUUCUUCUUCUGCUUCAUCUUCUUCUUCUUCUUCUUCUUCAUCAUCAUCUUCUUCUUCGUUGCUUUCCUCUGCGUCUUCUGCUCUUUCUCUGCCGUCUUCUUUCCCGAGGAGGUUCCUGAGAUACCGGGAGCUCACUAGAUCGGCGAUUUCGGUGCCUCGCGAGUCGUUUGAGCGUGUGCCCGUCACGAUCGCUUCCAGGAUUCCUUCAGUCGUCGUCCGGAGUAACUCCUUGAUGACCAAUCCGGCUGCGCCAAAGAAUGGGGUUUAUACUGUUGGCGAGUUUAUGACUAAGCGAGACAAUCUUCAUGUAGUUAAACCUACUACUACUGUUGAUGAAGCCCUGGAAAUUAUUGUGGAGAACAGGGUUACCGGCUUCCCUGUGAUUGAUGACGAUUGGAAAUUGGUUGGAGUGGUGUCAGAUUAUGACCUGUUGGCUUUGGACUCUAUAUCAGGAGGUUGUGGAAAGUCCGAGAACAAUUUAUUUCCUGAAGUCGGUAGGAGUUGGAAAACAUUUCAUGAAGUGCAAAAACUAUUGUGCAAAACCAAUGGCAAGGUCAUCGGUGAGCUCAUGACUCCUGCACCACUUGUUGUUCGGGAAACAACAAAUUUGGAAGAUGCUGCAAGGUUACUGCUCGAAACAAAGUAUCGGCGCUUACCUGUGGUGGAUGGUGCUGGCAAACUGGUGGGGAUAAUUACCAGGGGAAAUGUGGUUAGAGCUGCCCUGCAAAUAAAGCGUGCGAAUGCGAACGUCAACUAAAGGAAAGAGCAGAGGGAGAAGAAGAUCAUUACAACAACCGGUUCCCAUAGCAAUUAACCGGCUCCUAGUGUCAUCACAUUUGAUUCUUCAAGACACGUGGCGGGGAGUAGGUCCCCGGUUUUUUCUGGAUCCGUUAUACCUGAUGCUGCUGUGGCGUUCUUUUGUAUAAUCUCAGAUUCUUUUCGUAGUCAUGUCUCAAAUAGAGGUCCAUCCAAUCCAACCAGGAAAUUAUUCUUUCGUGGGAGUUGAGCCUUUUGGGUCUGUAAUUUCCCACGGCCAGUUUAUGAAAAUUUUUAUGUGGUAAUACAUAUUUAGAGUGAUA